AUGGCGGCAACGAAAGGCAUACGCUCGGCGGUGGUGCUGUUGCUGGUUGCGGCGCUCUCCAGUGCGUUCAAGUGUCCGAAGAGCCGCGGUCAGUUCGAGGAUCCUGUCCAGUGCGAUAAGUACUACGUGUGUGAGGACGACGUAGCCACCGAGAAGCUCUGUCCGGACGGGCUGGUGUUCGACCAGACGAUCAAGCUCAUCAACAAGUGCGACCAGCCGUUCAACGUCGACUGCGGCGACCGGUUCGAGCUGCAGCCGCCACAGGGUACGACCGACUACUGCCCGCGCAAGAACGGGUUCUUCAGCCACCCGGAUCCGUCGAUCUGCAAUGUCUUCUACAGCUGCAUCAACGGCGAGGAGCUCGAGAUGGGCUGCAGCGGUGGUCUGCACUUUGACGAGAAGUCGGGCACCUGCGUCUGGCCGGAUGUGGCGGCACGCGAAGGCUGCGGUAGCAACGCCAACAAGAAACUCAACGAUGGCUUCCAGUGCCCGAAGGAGACGCGCUAUGACAAGAACGGCCAGGUGAUCACGCAUCCCAACUACCCGCACCCGACCGACUGCUCCCGCUUCUACUACUGCCUGAACGGGGUCGAGCCGCGUCUCGGCCAGUGCGAUGCCAAGAUGGUCUACAACGAGGAUCUGCAGCGUUGCGACGACCCGGAGAACGUGCCGGAAUGCAAAGACUGGUACAAGGAGGAGGAAGGCGCCAAGAACUGA